UUAAAAGGAUCUUCUCACAGAGAUCGGCAGCGCAGAGAGCUGAGUGCUGAGUUCCUGAUACCAGCAGAGCGUGAACCUGAGCCACCCCGAAGAGAGAGAGAGAGAGCAACCAAAUUAAAAAAAAAACACCCACAGAGAGACAUUGGCAGUCUAACCAUGAGCGAGAGGAAAAACACUGGAGCAAAGUAUGGAAAAGAGAAGGCAUCAGAUGGCAAAGACAUUUGGAUACAUCAGAAAGUGCAGAGGUCCCAAAAUGGAUCACUGUGGAACAGGACUGCUCACCCAACACUAGAUGUGGCCAGAGCUUCAAAGGAGGACACCGAGGAGUUUGACAUUGACCUGGACGCCCCUGAGACAGAGAAGGCUGCUGUCGCUAUACAGAGCCAGUUCAGGAAAUUUCAGAAGAAGAAACAGGAUCCUUCUUAGGAUUUCUGCUGGGUGCUGCGAGGCAGCACGUGAACAGACAACUCCCUCAAAGCUUUCUUCUGUGGGUGCAUGCAGUAAAUAAAAACUCUGCAGUAUCUGUGUGUCUUGAAUAUAUACCCUAAAAAUGCCUCUGUAAUACUCCCCUUAGUUGUUCCCUUGUAACCUAUUCACAUAUUAAUAAAAUUAGUAUUGUACCCAA